AUGAAAUAAAUUGGCAUAACCAAUCCAAUUGACAUGUUUAAUUUACCCACUAAUUCACAAAAAUAAGAAAACUUAUCAUCAAAUUAAGAUCAAAUAUAAUCCUAUAAUGAAUAGUAUUCGUAAUAAUAAGAAAUAUCAAUACCAAUUACAAAAAUCUAAAACUUAAUAAAGGAUAUUGAGUUCAAAAAAUAAAAGUUAUUUUUGAUCAAAAUAGUUGGAAUAUUUAUAAUUUGGACACUAGUUUUCCUUUCAUUAUUUUAUUUGUUAAGUUUAUUAAUAGAUUUUAAAACGCCAAUAAUGGGUAUUGUAUUUACAUAUGUCUCAAUUGGUAUUUUAAUUCUGCUAAUGAGAAUGGGAGUGAGAAACAAAAAUAGAUAAGUAUUUCUUUAACAUUAUACAUUAUUUUAGCCAUUGAAAAGUUGCUUAAUAUUGUUGGGAUUGCUAUUAUUUUAUACUACUCUAUAUUUCAGUUUUUUUUUAAGUGUAGGAGAACUAGAACCAAAUAAAUUUUCUCGUAUCUAUAUUUUAUAAAUUUAGUUGACACAAUCUUUGUAUCAAUUGUAGUCAUAACUAUAACAUUGAAUUUUUUUGUCAAUUUUAUAGUAUUAACCUAUUUACUCAUAGAAAGAGAACGAAUUCGUUUUUUAUGUAAGAAUAUAAAAGUAUAUUAGACAUAAUAAUAAUUGAAGUUAUUUUUCUAAUAAUUCUUUGCAUAGUGUUUCCUCCAACAAUAAUUUUCAUCCCAUUACCCUUUCCUUAUACAUAUUGUCUUGUAAAAACCUUUCAAUAAAUUUUAAUUGGAAAAGUAUUAUUUAAAGUUUUAAAAUUUUAGUUCGAUUUGAAAUAAAAUGAAGUAAUACCUGGAGCAAUCGCAGCAUUUCUUGGCUUAUUUAAUACUUGCAAUUAAGUAUAUAGAGAUUUAUGA